ACACGACGUCACAAGCCACUCCGCCUCCAUUUAUUUAAUAUUUUUUUGGGAGGGAGAAAAAUAAAGUGGCUGUGUAGAGGAGGGACGUCACACUUUCCGGAGCACAAGCAGGGGAGCGAAAGCGCCUUCUACACUCUUGCCAGCCGAGUUAAGUUACUGACCAGCGGCCAUCAUUUCGGGGGAAACGUCGUAUUUUGUACAAAGUGGACCAGCCGCACUUUGUUACUGUCUGGACUCACAGCGACUUUACUUGUCCAACUCUGUCCGACCCAAGGACCGAACACUGAUCAUUGAUGGACUGGCUCACACCUGAGAUGUGAAGUGUGUUAUGUGAGCCAAGGUGUUUUCCCACCUCACUGGUGGGGAGAGAUGCUGCACUCCGUUGCCAUGACAGCAGAGGUUCUCUUUGUUCUCUGGUUCCUGAUGAGCAGUGCCCAGAGUAAUCCUAUAACAACCUUACCAGUUAGCCGAGAACGUCUGGAAAGGGUGUUGAUCCAGGCCAGGGAGGACAAAGCGGACCCCAAGCAGCUGCAGCCUGAGGAUAACAAUACUUUAGGUCUGAACAGGACUGCUGUAAGCCGUGCCCGGCAGAACCUCAGCUCCCAGACCCGAGGGCCUAAGGGCGGGAAGUCCCAGGAGCUGUUGACCGAGCAAGACACCCUGAACCAAAUAGACGUGGGCCCCACGAGUGACGUCACCCUCUCCUUGGACGCCAUUGACGAGUACGCCUACCCAGACUACAGGGGUAAAGGCUGCAUGGAUGAGAGCGGCUUUGUGUUCGCCAUCGGUGAUCAGUUCACCCCAGGCCCUUCUACUUGCCCUUGCCUCUGCACAGACGAAGGUCCUCUGUGCAGCAAGCCUGAUUGUCCCAGGGUGCACCCUCGCUGUGUUAGAGUGGACAUGAGCCAAUGCUGCCCUCAAUGCAAGGAGAAAAAGAACUACUGUGAAUUCCGGGAAAAGAUCUAUGCUUCACUAGAGGAGUUUAAGGUGUCUCCGUGUGAGAAAUGCCGAUGUGAGCCAAGUGGGGAGGUAUUGUGUUCUGUGUCGGCCUGCCCUCAGACAGAGUGUGUGGACCCGGAAUAUGAGCCGGACCAGUGCUGUCCAAUCUGCAAGAGCGGACCCAACUGCUUUGCUGACACAACUGUGAUACCUGCCGGACGAGAGGUGAAGAUCGACGAGUGCACAAUCUGCUACUGCACAUACGAGGAGGGCACCUGGCAGAUCGAGCGUCAGGCCACCUGCAGUAAGAACGAGUGUCAGCGUGGUUAGAGAUUGGCACGGCGGGCAGAAUGUUGGCAUGCGACACCAGCGCCGAUCCACGUAAACACUUGGCCUUUCACCCAGACUUCCGGACAUCAGGGUUCAGCCUGCAGCCUGCGACCGGCUCCAGCGUUUGGAUUCUGUACUAAGCAAAGGCUUUUAUGACGAUUUAUAAUCCACACACAGAAUCUCUAUUUAUCUAUGUAGUGAAUUGUUUAAUAAUAUACUGUAUACACUGUAGGGGAAAGCGUCAUUAUGCUGAUCUAGCUUUAGUAUUUUUAUAGGCUCUGCAUUUUAAUGAACCACGACAUGGACUGCAAAGAAACACAACAGAAUGUACAGAAAACACCGGCUGUCUUUGGGGGCGGCCACCUUCACGUCUCCAUAAGCCUGACAAAUGCUCACACCGAUUCCUUAACGAUCGCAGUGCAGUGCUCCGUGCAGCCCGUCAGCUCUAGAGCUUUGCUGUUCCGAGGCGAUGGACUACGGAGCUGAAAGUGAUAUAAAAGGUAGAUUGACUGUUUAUGACUUGUGCUGCGUUCUUUUGUCUGUUUCCAAUGUGCUUUGAUUUUAAAAGUGCUUUUUUUGUAACAUGGUGCUGUGUGAUCCUGUUUCAAAUAAACGCCAGUC